UUUCGCAUUGUGGCCACUGUUGCACCGAGACUACACGCCGAGCAGUACAUGUCCAUCAAAGCACUUCGUGUGGCUCUGCAGAAUGACAAGGAUCCCCUGUUGCGGGCGAUGGCAAGGAAGAAGCACUCUCUCGGUGUGAAGCAGUUUAACACCCUGGUGGAGAAAGUGGAAGGGCUGCUGGAAUCGUAUGAGGUGAGUGUGGAGCAGCUGGACACGGCAUCCCUUGAGUUGUUUGAUGAUGUUGGGCGGGUGCCGUCGUGUGGCCUCGCAGCCUGUGGACAACUCUCCCGAUUGGUGCCAUUUGCGUCCAGUAAUCUUCUGCAAGGGAUUGCUUGCAGCACGGAACUGUGGGCGGAGCAUCAGGUGCUCUUGCGGGAGAACAGCGCAUCCGCUGCGGAUGCACCUUUUGCCAUGCUAGAUCGAUACUGCUCGCUUGAUGCUAUGGAUCUGUCGCUGUUGCGAUGUGUGCGGACGGCACAGCUUGUGCACUUGCUCGCCCUUUCUGUUCCCAUAAAAACAUGCGAUACCGUUGCCGUGAUUUUGCCGCUAAUUCGUGCAGCGCGUGUACAGGAAGCCUUGUCAGAACCGAUACGAAAAUUGCUCAUGAGGAAUUUACUUCCACGUGCGCUCUUACGACUUCAAUCGCGGGAUGAAAUUAUGGCAAUUUUGGCAGCGGACGCGGAGCCCCAUCUUCUUCUUUGCACGCUUGCGGCGGUUAUUCGUGACGCUGCGAUGUGCGUUGGCGAUGAAAUCUUGGCUAGUGCGCGGUGCAUAGCCAGUGUUGUGACGGAGUGGAUUGUUAGCUCUCUUCUCCUAAAGGAGGGUACGGCGCCUCUACAUGUGAAGGCCAUCUCAGCGUACCGCGCCUUUUUUGCCUCACUUGAUGAAGCCGCCGAUGUUAUUGAUGACUCUAUUCUUUCAUCCAUUGCCAAAAAACAAACGUCUGCUGUGCAAGAGGCGAUGUGUAUGCUACCUACGCUGCAAAUACCCACCGCACUUUUGACCAUGACAAUACAUCGGCACCUCAGUAUUGCUCCGGUUGUCGUUGCUAGUACGGUGCAACAAGUUAUCACCUAUUCUCAGGGCCUUCGCCCGCUUGACGGGUUGGAGUUCCUUGCAGAACUUUCUUCCAGCCGUAUCAUCGACACGGCAGCAUACAAUGAGCUUGUGCACACAAUGAAUUAUUUUCUGGCCCGCUGCUGUAGGCUGCGCCACAUGCCGCCCAACGGCCGAUUGCUGUC